CCUGGCGACCUCUGUCUCUUUCUUUCUGCCUCCGUCCCUCCUUUUCUGUUCAUCCCUUUUGCCAAAUCCAGUUCUUGGUGAUGGGGUUGUGAUCAUGAGCCCUGUCAGAGGGUCAAAGAAGAGGAGGAAGGCGGCUGUGGCGCGGGUAGGUGGUGACUGGUGAGAUGACUCCGCUUGAUCUUGCUUAUUCCAUGGAAACAUUGAUCUCCGAUUUGCGACUUCUUUUCUUGUAGGAGUCAGAUUAUUUUCGAUGGGUCUCAUGUUCUUUCGCUUGUUAGAUUGGGAUUCCUGAGUGAUUUUGGUAAUGGAUAUGUGCCCGAAUCGAAAUCUUGAUGCUCUUUUAGGUACUGUUUAUGCAUCAUUAUCAUCGUGGCAAAACCUAGUAGUUGCUAACAUCUAUCUGGUAUUUCAAAGUUGUCAUCGAUAAUGUGCCAAUUAGUGGUUACUGCCAUAUUGCUAGUAUUUCAAAGAAUUGUAUUACAUGUAAUGGGGAAGAAGAUAUGGUUUCUGAUUUCCAUGUCCUGUUACUGGGCUCCGGUUCCCUUUCUAAAGGAACAAGCUUUUCGAGAAAUCGAUUGACUAAUUUAUCGUAUUUAUCGAGAUUGUUAUGUAUUAGAAAUAUCUAUUUUAGCAUCAAGUCUAGCUAUCACAUUUUACCAUCUGAAGCUUUUCUUUCCUUGAGCAAACUUUCAUGACAUUUCAGAUUAAUCUGGUCCAUUACGCUUUGAGAUUGCAUUCGGAUGAUUCUCUUACUGAUAAAAUUUUCAAAUUCUUGGCAGAAAUCUCAUUGCCAAGUUGGGGUUUUUACCUUUCUUCUUUUUACCAAAGGAUCUUUCACAAGAUCCUAUUAGAGGCUCAAUUUACCUUCCAAAUAGAUUAAUCAUUUCUAAAAUAUGAAACUUUUGAGGUUUGCACCUCAGAGAUGAUACCAAAGACCUGUUCUUGAUAAUCUUUUUCGAUAAAGUCUUUCCCACCCAAUUGACACAACUGUUCUUUUUCUCUUUGGAUAUAAUGCAUGUAUACAUUGCUCAUCCUGAUGGAACGCAAGUCAGAAACUACAGAAGGUAAGCCUUGCUAGAUAUGCAAUUCUAAAGAGGCUAUGCUAAUAGAUGAUAGAUAGUUAUGCAGAUGUAAACAACCAAAUUGUUGAUGUUAUCUUGCAAAUGUCGGUUUCAACAUAGAGGGGUUUUAUGUUGCAGAGCUGCUCAAGUAGCAAAAAGGAACAAUAUACUGAUUCAUGUUUCACAUCGAACAUAAGACACACAAUGGUAAUGCUUCCAGGACACUUAUCAUUAUCCCAAGAACCUAGAAAGUUUGAGUCGGUUUUUAAGAUGUCAAGGAAGACCUUCAACUACAUAUGCUCAUUGGUCAGGAAUGACUUGAUAGCAAAAGCAUCAAAAUUUGCUUUCGCAGAUGGCAAAAUCCUUUCUGUAGAAAAUCAAGUAGCUGUUGCUCUGAGAAGAUUAGGCUCUGGCGAGUCACUAUUGAAUAUUGGAGUAUCAUUUGGGAUGAACCACUCAACUAUUUUCCAGGUGACUUGGCAGUUUGUAGAGGAGACGGAGCACAGAGGUAUCCAACAUCUUAGAUACAAUCACUGGCUGGCCCAGAAGCAUGAUUGGGUUCAUGGUUUUAUGCAGCUCAGGCUUCUUCAGGAUGUGUGAGAAAGGUAUGAGGCUAAAUGGAGAGAAGGUGGAGCUUCCUGAAGGUUCAGAAGUGAGGGAUUAGAUAAUUGGAGACUGCAGCUACUCCCUUCUUCCAUGGCGUUUCACUCCCUACUGAGGAAAGGAUCUUUCAUACGACCAAAUUGAGUUCUACAAAAGACUUUCUGCAACCAGGGUGGUGGCGGAGAGAGCAUUGGCAAGGUUGAGCGUGUGGAAGAUCAUUCAGGGGAGAUGUGGAGACCUGAUAAGCAUAGGCUGCCGAGCAUAAUUCUUGUUUGCUGCUUGCUGCACAACAUGGUGAUAGACUUGGAAGAUGAAGUGAGAGGAGAUGAGAUGCCUUUGUCCCAUGAACAUGAUGCGAGUUACAAGCAACAAUUCUGUGACAUAGCAGACAAUUACGGAAAUGAGCUACAAGAUAAGUAGUGCCAAUAUCUGUCUGGUCGAUUGCCACCUUGAGAUGAGCAUUGAACUGCUUUCUCUCUCUUUUUCCUUUAUGCCCAACAAUUGGGUAUUGAUAGACGUCGCACCAGGAUAAUUUUUCGAUCAUUGGAUUUGAUUGCCUCUUUCAACUGAUACUUCUGGAAUGAGCUAGAGUUCUGGUGUUGAUUUGGCAGAAGGGAAUGCCGAUAAUAAGAUCAAUGGCAAUCGGCAGUGUACAGAUCACAGUCCAAUAUUUUUCCUUUCUUGAAGAGACAGUCCAAUCAGUUUUUCCACACAAUUGCUCAGCGAAUUCGGUUUCACUGCUGCUGUUGGUUUGUUGACUUCAACCUUAUUGCUUUUCCAUGGACAUUUGGUGGUAGGAAGUGAAGACAUUGCUUGAGUUCCAUUUCCAAGAAGACAGUCUUCCACACAAACACAUCGAACUUUUGAUCUGAGUGCUUUGCGAUCUCCAAUCUUUAGAUGGCAUCAACAGCCUUGCUGUCAAACAAUGCAAGACAACUUUGACUUGUCCAAAUUCGGACCACUAUCUAUCAACACAUGUAUGCGUGAAGAGCCAUCGACAAUCCUCAGCUCUUUGGUUGACCGAGCGAUACCUAUGGCGGACAGCUUCGAGGAACCUUCUCAACCUAGAUUGCCAUGGACUUUCCCAACCGGCAAACCUUCCUCAGCUUCUUUCUCAUGUAAGUAAACAUGUCACUCAUCCCAUCUGCACAUGCUCAUGAUGAAGAAGAUCAUCAUGAUGACCAGUAUUCAAUAGCAUGUCGGCCAUUCUAAACGUAAAACAGCGUCAACAAUAAGCUCUCGUCAGUUCUGGCAUGAGCUAACUAGAUUGGGAUGGAACAACGCAUGCACACACGUACUCUUCUGUGCUUUGCUUCUGUCAAGCCCUUUUAGGUCAACGUGAGCAACGUUUACUUCUCGUUCAGUUCUAGAAGAGGAGCAUUGACCUCGUGUUGCAACAAGACAACCGAUCUCUCCUCACCACUGUCUAUCAUUUACGUGUCAACCAGGUUACCUUCGCAAUCCAGCUUGUUUCAGACCUGUCGCCUCUUCAUCAUUCACCACUCAGCAAACCUAUAUGCAUGUAUAGGUUUCGUUCUUCCCCUUCAGCUUAAGACAUGAAAAGAUACAGAUUUGGAGGAGGAGGAGAAGAGAUGGACAGGAUUAGAAUGGUCAAUAUUCUAAUGCUUCUGUCUCGAGGAGGCGGCGUAGGGGAGAGCGAGAAGUCGUCGGGACGAGUAUUCGAGUGCAAAACAUGCAGCCGGCGGUUCCCUUCCUUCCAAGCGCUCGGAGGCCACCGAGCAAGCCACAAGAAGCUGAGGGCGGCUGGCAAUGACCAUGGCCGACCGCAAGGCGGUGCUGCUGGGAAGCCGAAGCUCCACGAGUGCUCCAUCUGCGGCCUCGAGUUCGCCGUCGGACAGGCCUUAGGAGGGCAUAUGAGAUGGCACAGGGCCACGGGCGACGGGAGAGGGAUGCCUUUGGACUUGAACUUACCGCCAUUGUGUAACGAUCUCGAGCUUGUACCAAGGUUGGAGAUCGUAGACAAUAUUCCCAUGGUUGAUCGCUCACACUGAUGUAUUCUAGAAUUUUUAGUUUUAGUUCCAUUUUCCGUACUGUGUA